AUGAAGGUAUCAUUCGCUCAGUCAUGGUUGAGUUGGUCCAUGGUUUUACUCCUUCUAAAGAAAGAAUGUUUAACAGAUCAAGAAACCUGUUACAAGGGGAAGCUACCAGAACUUUUUCAAAUAGAUAUGCAAAUGAGCACUUGCAUCAACUCUUCUAUUGGUGGAACCACUUUAAUGGAAGAAGAAAAGAGUCUAACCAUUUUAAAACGUCAAAAGGAAGCAUUUGAUAAGUUUGUAACUGCUACAUUAAAAGAGCUAUGGCAAUACAAGAUGAAUACCGAUGAUCAAUGUGGUCUCGACAUUCGUGACAAUAUGACUGGUUCACACCCAAUCUAUCGUUGUUGGCGAGACUAUGAGCUCAUAUUUCACACCUCUGCCAAGAUUCCAUACAAGGAGCAACAAAUCGACCGUAAACGUCAUCUUGGCAAUGACAUUGUCAUGAUAGUAUUCAAAGAGUGA